CCUUGGAAAACGCACUAAUUUAGUGUAACGCCGCACUCUUAUGUGGCCGGAGGUUUUACUGUGCCUGUUUUCUUCAGCAAUUUACUUUAAUUCUUUGGGAUGCGGAUUCGUUUUUGAUGAUGUGUCUGCUAUUAGAGACAACCGAGAUUUACGCCCGUCUACAAGUUUAGCAGAGCUUUUCAAAAAUGAUUUCUGGGGGACUCCUAUGAAUGAGGAAAGAAGCCAUAAGUCAUAUAGGCCGUUCACUGUCCUCACAUUUAGAGUUAACUAUUUGUUUCAUGAACUUAGUCCUACAGGAUAUCAUGCCACAAAUAUCGUCCUUCAUUCUGUCGUCGUGUUUUUGUUUUUCAAAUUGUGUUUGUGCUAUUUGCAGAGGGAAUCAGCGUUUUUCAGCUCUAUUUUAUUCUCUGCACAUCCUGUUCACACGGAAGCUGUUACUGGAGUUGUAGGAAGAGCUGAACUUCUAUCCUCGGUUUUUUUCUUAUCUGCUUUGCUGCUUUACAUAAAAGUUUCGAAUGCUUCUGCACAAAGUUUUUGGGCGAAUUUGAUUAACGUGCUCACAGUGGGCUUUUUAAUAUGUGUAGGAACAUUUUGCAAGGAACAGUGUAUCACCGUCUUCGGGAUUUUUAUCGCUUACGAACUUUAUGCCGUUUAUCAAAAAAUUUUAUCAAGUGGACAUGACUUCUCGUCUAAUAGUUUCAAAGACCAUUGCCAAAAAGACAAAACGUUCAAGGAUAUAGUUUCAUCUGCUUAUAAAAAAAUUCAGUUUAAGUUGUUUUCACCAGCGUGGUUUUCAUGUGCACCCGUCUACAGAAUGUUCAUUCUUCUAGUGUUUUUCAUUGCUAUAUUGAUUGCACGUAUUAAAAUAAUGGCUGGACAGUUGCCACAUUUUACAGAGUUUGAUAACCCAGCUUCUCAUGCACCUCCACUGACUCGUCGCCUCACUCAUCUUUACCUGGUUCCUGUUAAUCUAGGCUUAUUAAUAUUCCCUUCUAAUCUCUGCGCUGAUUGGACUUUGGGAAGUCUAAAGCUUAUUCAAGGCUGGGCAGAUCCACGUAAUAUUUUGACGCUGAUGGCCUUCAGUUUCAUCUUAUUGCUAGUUUUCAUUACUGUUAAUUGGAAAACACCUUUACAUCAAGGUCGAGCUGUAUGUAUGGCUCUGAGUUUGAUGAUAUUUCCCUUUAUACCAGCCAGUAAUUUAUUUUUUCCCGUUGGUUUCGUUGUUGCUGAGCGUGUUUUAUACACACCAAGUUUGGGCUUUUGUCUACUUAUUGGUUUGGGUUUUGAAAAUCUAAUUGGUCUUAAGUUUAUCCAGACAAACACUAUGAAAAGUUCAAAAUCAUCUGAAGUAAAGAAAGUUUGCAGCUUCAAAAAUGGUCUUCACUCUCGAAAAUAUCCUCGAAUCUCAAUGGGACUAGUCAUUAUCGCAUUCGUUUGUAAGACUGUUAGACGCAAUACAGACUGGUCGAACGAAUACAAUCUGUUUACAUCAGCGUUAAAAGUAAAUCCUAACAAUGCCAAAAUGUGGAAUAAUGUGGGGCAUUCUUUGGAAGCUGAAGGAAAGUACUCAGAAGCACUUGGCUACUUUAGAAAAGCUGUCAAUGUUCAGCCAAAUGAUAUGGGCGCUCGAAUUAAUGUUGGCCGCACAUAUGUAAACCUGGGAAUGCCAGAUAAAGCAGAAGAAGCGUAUUACGGAGCGCUUGAAUAUUUCCCUAAACCAAAGAAAGGUCAAACUUAUUAUGCUCGUGUUUCUCCCAAAGAUCUAAUGGUUUUUAUCAAUCUUGCCAAUUUAUAUAUCACUAAAUCACCCCCGAGGCUUGAGGAUGCUGCUACUCUUCUUCGUCGAGCCAUUUCACUGCGAUCUGAUUUUGUGGACGCUUACCAGAACUAUGGUAGUGUACUUAUCAAGUUAGGAAGGUAUAAAGAAGCUGAGGAAGCGUAUAGAAAUGCUUUAUUGUACCAACCGAAAAGCCCAGAUUUAAAUUACAACUUGGGAGUUGUCCUCUUGGAGUCUCAUAAGAAAUCAGAGGGUUUGUCUUAUCUAAACACUGCCUUAACUUACAAUCCACAACAUGAGCCUUCCCUGUUUGCUGUUGCAUCAACUCUUGGUGAAUCAGCUAAUCCUGAUGACCAGCUAAGAGCAAUAAACAUCUAUGAACAUCUUCUCAAACAAAAUUUUGAACCGAUCAAAGUACAUUUCGCCUUGGGUAUGUUACAAACUGAUAAAAAGAACUAUAUCAAAGCAUCUAAACAUUAUCAGAAUGUUAUUAUUCUGGAUUCUGAUCAUAAAGGUUCAUUAUUUAACCUAGCUCUACUUUAUCGGAAUCAUCUUGGAAAACCAGAUGACGCAAGGAAUCUCGCACUUCAUCUUAUCAAGGUUCAUCCUUCACAUAUAAAGUCUUAUUUACUUCUCGGAGAUAUAGAAUUAACUGAAAAAGCGAACAUAAAAUUAGCAAAGCAAUAUUUUGAAGAAGCGCUAAAAUUGGACCCAAAGAACAUUCAGGCAAAACAUAACCUUUGUGUUGCUUUGGCAGAUGAAGAUGAUCUAGAAAAAUCGGAAUCAUGCCUUUUAGAGGCUAUAGCCAUGGAACCAAAACCUCAAAACUAUUUACUACAACAUCUAGAAAUUAUACGUGGACGUCUGCAUUCUCGUGGAAAACAUGCAUAUACCAAGUUAAACAAUGAUAAGUAAUCGAACUAUCGAAAUCAUACAUAAUUCGAAUGUUUAAAAACUGUAUCCAUUAUUUCUGUGCUUAGAAAACUGUCUUUUAUACAGGAAUAUCGACAAAGGGACACUAUUUAUACGUCGACUAUAAUUUCAUUAGCACCCACAAAUACUUUUCUUCGGAUCAGGUUGAUGGGCACAUAUUGAAAAGUGCGAUGAUCAAGUUAGGUGGGGGACUAAGCACACAAGGGUUUAAAAUUUGAUCGCUUUGUCUAUUUGACCAACCGAAGCGCACUUAUCCAAACGUUCAGUGUAUAGUUUACUUUCAACAAAUACUGUAAAUUCUCGAAUUUAGUAACAAUUUUCUUCCCUAUUACUCCAGUCAUGUCCCAUAUAUCUACUUUGAACAACAAAGCUGAAAAUCUAGUUGGCCUGCUUAAUAAUUCGCAUAGGGUUCUGCGACAGUGAGGCUUGGACGAAUUGUGUUUUUUCACUUAUUAUUAGGUAUCAUUCCUAUAUGGUAUUCGCGACCCACUUAUUGACCCAUAUAUGUCAGCGAACUAACAGUAUGGGCCUUCUUGAAGUUCACGUUUAUGGGUAUGAACCAAAAUAUUUAUAAAGUGAUAGGUUUUAAUUAGUUAUAUUAAUGAACCUUAGAAUCAUUUUGCGAAGCCAACUUAGUUGAAUUAUGUAAAAUGGGCAUCUGAAUAUCAUAGAUACUCGCAUUCCCGUGAGCAUCCUACUUUACGAUAAUCCCACGAUUUCACUAAUUAUGACUUUUAUAGUUGAUAUCUCGUUCGACCUACAUUUAAACAUGUACAACUGACUGACCAUUUUCGGAACAACAGCUCUAUUCACCCGCAUGACGAGGUGAUCAAUAUGCAGUCUCUGUACGCUAUGGAUUGAGAUUGAUAAACUUCAAACAUCAAAAUAUGCUAUACUCUAUAAUACAUGUUUUGACCCAAAAAUAUACAUGCUAUCUAACAAUCUUUUUAUGAAUUGGUCAUUGGAAAUGGUUUAAUUGUGCAGUCCUCCAUGCCAUCAAUCUGUUCGAGGUAAUUUUAAGGGCAUGAACACUAAACUGGAUGAUUCGUACAUUAAAAAUGA